AUGAAUGCACAAGGCGAGGUAGUUGAUGGCCUAGGAACCAUCGACCCCGCCAGUUUGAGUAACUCUGUCUCUACCAUGCCGGCACCGCCCACUCUUGAGCCCAGUCCUCGUGGUGUUAAGCGUAGCCGCACUCCAGAUCAUAGCGGGAAUGGUCUUGCUAUUGGUGAUCAAGACGACGAAGAUCAGAGUCGUCGCAAACGCGGACGGCCUCCGAAAACAUCCCGAGCCGGCUCCAACGACCACCAAGCUGCAACAACCCCGAUCCAAACGCCACAGAUGCAGAGUCGGCCUUUGCCUGCUCAAACCGCCGGGUCGCCGCUGGCUUCACCUCCUGACAGACCAACACCGACACCGACAAAGUCCCUUGUGAAAGCCCUUCCCUCUGUCAGAGACCACACGUCUGAUCAGCUGAAUGAUGCGGGUGAUGAAUACAUUCCUAAGGAAUUCGACGAUGCUGGUGAAACAAAGGUGGAUGCGGAUGGCCAUCCUCUUGGUGGGCGUGAAUACAAAUGUCGUACCUUCCGCGUGCCUCGUAGAGGUAACAAGCUUUUCAUGCUUGCGACGGAGUGCGCCAGGGUUCUGAACUACCGGGAUUCCUAUCUCCUGUUCAACAAGAACCGCUCUUUGCAUAAAAUCAUUGCCUCCCAGAUCGAAAAGGAUGAUUUGAUCCAGCAAGAUAUUCUGCCCUAUUCAUAUCGCUCCCGACAAAUCGCGAUCGUUUCCGCCAGGUCCAUGUUCCGCCAGUUCGGUAGCCGUGUGAUCGUCAACGGAAGGCGUGUUCGGGAUGACUAUUGGGAGAGCAAGGCCAGGAAACAAGGUUUUACCGAAGAGGACAUGGCCGGUGAGAAGCGUCCAGGAACUGCCAAGGUUCGAGAGACGCCUUCCGAGAGUCAAGCCUCUAACUUGCUGCCACUUCCCCACAACGAUGUGAUCUUCAGCAACACGAUUCAACCGUUGCCCCCCGGUCUAUCGCUAGACUUGAGCGACAAUACCUCGCUUUCCCAGCACCCGCUGAUCCAAAUGACGACAACUGAAGAUCCUCGGCUUCGAGACUACAAUGCCAUGCCACGCUCACGGCAGGAAUUAACUGGCCAACCGUACCAGGACAACACUCGAACGAGCACCGGUGCUGAAAUCAUGCACCAGGCUCAGACCGCAGCAGAUUUCAACAAAGCUUUGCACGCACAGAGGAAUUUCCGUCUAAAGGGCUUGGAUGAGUUCUACGCAAAACCCCAUGAAAUCCCUGAUCUAGAGGGACAAACUACCAUUGCCCUCGAUUCGGGUCUCUCCGUGUCACAGCCAGUUCAGCCCGUCCCGAUGCCACCAGCAGGCGUCGCAGCCUCUAGUCAUCCUCAGCACAUGAUUCCACCUCAGCCUAUGGUCUCAACCCAGCAAGCCUUCACUCAACAGCAACACCAGCAACCGGUAGGGCAGUCACCGGUUCGAACAAUGCCUACUGGAAUGCAGCCAAACAUCAUGCAUCAGCGCCAGGCACCUCCGAUGCCGGCAGGUAUGCCUCAGACCUCAUUCUCUGCCUAUCCUCCUCAGCAGCAGCCGCAACAAAUGUGGGGCCAGCCACCACCGCAGCCUCAGCCCUCCCCCAUGCCCUCUUCUGGACCGCAGGGGCAAGGUGUGAAUAUGAGUCAAUACGGCCAGCAGAUGACUGCACCUUCACAGCAGGUCCCAUCACCAAUGCACCACAGCCAGCCGCCCCAACAGUCGCCCCGCCAACAUCGCCCGUCAGCUCCACAGAUGCCACAACAAUUCCAGCAGAUGCCACAGCAUCCACAAAUGCAACAGCAGAUGCAGCAGCAAAUGCAAUAUGCUGCCGCUGGCCCGCCUGCUGGAUAUCCUGGUAUGGCGCGUACCAUGUAUCCUCCACCUCAAGCACCGGGCGGACAGCCCAUCAUGGCAGGCAACCCACAGCAGGCUGGAAUGGCAAUGGCAAUGGGGCCUGGCGGUAUGCCUGGUUGGCCCGCCGGAGCAGGUUCUCCGAUGCAGCCCGGUCAGCCUCAGCCGGGCCAGUCCGGUAGCCCGUUAGGAGGGUGGUCCGGCUAUUAA